CAACUCCUCCUUGCAUGAAGGAAACCCUCCUAGGCAUCACAGCUUCUAAACCAUUAAUCAAACUCCACUGAAGGCUUGUGCUUCUGCUCUAUCAAAUAACUUUGGAAGAAUACUUUUAUUGCCAUUCAAAUUAAGGUGAAGUUUGGAAGAAAAAACAUGAGAAGUGGAGAAGCCCUUUUAUUGUUUGUUUGGAUGCACUGUCUCCUUACCUUCUGCGGAGUUUUGGCUUCUAGUGACCUGCCUGCUAUAAGGACUACUGCAGGUAACAGAACUAAUUUUAACGAUAUUGAAAGCAAAUUUGCACUUCGAACUCCUGAAGAACUAGAAGAAGAUACCUGUUACCUGGUACCUGGACACAAAGAAACCAUUGAUCAAUGCAAUUUCAAUCACACAAGCAAAACAUUUGUUGUUAUCCAUGGUUGGACGCUUACGGGCCUGUAUGAGAGUUGGGUUCCAAAGCUUGUAGGUGCACUGUACAAAAGGGAGCCACAUUCCAACGUAAUUGUUGUAGACUGGUUAGCAAAAGCCCAGCAGCACUACCAUAUUUCUGCUGGAUACACCAAGUCUGUCGGACAACAUGUUGCAAGUUUCAUUGAUUGGUUGGAAGAAACCUUUAAUUACCCAGUGGACAACAUUCAUAUCUUGGGAUACAGUCUUGGUGCACAUGCAGCAGGAGUUGCUGGAAGUCUCACGAAGAAUAAAGUGAACAGAAUAACAGGUUUAGAUCCUGCUGGGCCUUCCUUUGAGUAUGCAGAAAACUCUGUUACAUUGUCGCCUGAUGAUGCAGAAUUUGUUGAUGUCUUACACACUUACACUAGGGGAUCCCCUGACCGCAGCAUAGGGAUACAGAAACCUGUUGGGCAUGUCGACAUAUAUCCAAAUGGGGGAAUCUUUCAGCCAGGUUGCAAUUUUGGGGAUACUCUUCGUCUCAUUGCAACAAGUGGAUUUUAUGAUAUGGACCAGAUAGUUAAAUGCUCUCACGAACGUGCCAUUCAUCUUUUCAUUGACUCGCUGCUUUAUGAAGAAAAACCAAGCAUGGCCUAUCGCUGCAACUCAAAGGAAGCCUUUGAAAAAGGACUGUGUUUGAGCUGUAGAAAAAAUCGAUGUAAUACACUUGGUUAUCAGGUGAAUAAAGUACGUGGGAAGAGAAGCAACAAGAUGUAUUUGAAGACAACAGCACAGAUGCCUUUCAAAGUUUUUCACUACCAAGUUAAAGUGCAUUUUUUUGGGAAGAAAAACUUGACUGUAACUGACCAGCCCUUGCUUGUUUCCUUGUAUGGAACCAGAGGAGAAAGUGAGAACAUCGCAAUCACGCUACCUGAAAUUGCUACCAACAAGACAUAUUCGUUUUUGGUUUACACUGAAGUUGACAUAGGCGAUCUGCUGAGGUUAACACUAAAAUGGAAAAAGGACUCUAUCUUCAGCUGGUCAGACUGGUUCACUACUUAUUCAUACAGCAUUCAAAAAGUUCGUGUAAAAUCAGGAGAGUUUCAGAAAAAGCAAGUUUUUUGCUCUGAGGAUGGAAAUCAUGCAUCUUUCACAAGAGGACAGGAUGCCGCUGUAUUUCUGAAAUGCAAAGAACACUCUGUUAUGAAGAAAAAGAUUUGAUGUGAAAACACUGUGCACUCCAAAACAUCAUUCAAGCUCUGAAGAGAAAAAGUGUACGUCUCCCACAACUGGAACUAAAGUCUGCAUACGCAAUAUAAUGUACAUAUAUAUAUUGAGAAAUGUUAUGUAUCAAAUUUGAAAAUGUGUGUCAAAAAUAACAUAUAAUGGGAGACAUGUUUUACCAGAGAUGCUUACAAUAUACUGUGGAUUGUAAAUAUUUAUUUUGAAGAAAAUAUUAUACAACCAAAAAUGUAUUAUUAACAUUAUUGAAGAGUUAGCCAUAUCUGCACUAAGGUUCAAUCCACAUGCUUUAAUAUUGGUUGAAUCUUCAUAAAGGUGACUUGAAAACAACACAGCAAUGAUAUGUACCUGCUGGGAUGAUGCUCGCACACUGCGCACUAUAUGAUGGUGUGAUGGGCACUAUAGAAUUUCAUCCCCAUUUAUAAUUUUCAAGAUAUGUGACAAAUUGUAUUCCAUAAUCACAUUUCAUAACACAAUCUUGUUUGGUUUUAUUCAAGGUUCAUAUUCAAAAAAUGACAGCACUGAAUGAAACCUGAAUAUAAACUUUACAUUGGCAUAAACCGUAUAUGAUGUGUUAACCUUAAACAAUGAGCAGUUUUAGGCUGUAUAGCUAAUUUUAGAAGGGAAAAUAUAAUAAGGGCUGUAUAUGAACAGAUAUCUGGGUGCAAACUGGUACAUGAGGUAAAUCACCAUAUAAAUCAUUGAAAUAUUUCUGCUGAUGCCAGACUUUUUUCACAUUGCACCUGAAUCACCUUGAUUUCAUUCAUUGAAGUUUCCCACCAUACUCUUGUCUGUGAUUGGUUGUUUUAAACUUUUUAAAUACCUCAAACAAAACAUUAUAAGACACUCAAUUCAAUAACUACUUGAGACAGGUUGAGUGCAUAUAAUCUGUAUUUUACAUAUAUAUAGGGCUUUUCAUACACUGACAGUCUUUAUUUUGGUUACCCUAACACCUAAAGGGUACCUGAUACUGUAAAUACAAAUGUUCCAUCACAGUGUUACAAUAA